CCUCCGCUCUUUCCGUCUGUAUCUCCCUUCUUUCUCUCUCUGGACCACAUGAGAUUCUCCUCCCGAAACCUGAACCGCAGCAGCAGAGGCAUCGACCCCCCUCCCCGCACGCACACACAACAUGGCUACAAUUGUAACCUCUACCAGGUUUACGGACGAGUAUCAGCUUUACGAAGAGCUCGGAAAGGGUGCCUUCUCCGUGGUGCGGAGAUGUGUGAAAAAAUCCACUGGCCAGGAAUAUGCUGCUAAAAUUAUUAACACAAAGAAACUGUCAGCAAGAGAUCAUCAGAAACUGGAACGAGAGGCCCGAAUCUGUCGUCUACUCAAACACCCCAAUAUUGUUCGGCUCCAUGACAGUAUCUCAGAAGAAGGUUUCCAUUACCUGGUUUUUGACCUUGUGACUGGGGGGGAGUUGUUUGAGGACAUCGUCGCCAGAGAGUAUUACAGUGAAGCUGACGCAAGCCAUUGCAUCAGUCAGAUCCUGGAGAGUGUCAAUCAUAUUCACCAGCAUGACAUCGUGCACAGAGACCUUAAGCCUGAGAACUUGCUGUUGGCCAGUAAGAUGAAAGGAGCUGCAGUGAAACUGGCUGAUUUCGGGCUUGCCAUUGAGGUGCAGGGAGAUCAGCAGGCCUGGUUUGGUUUUGCUGGGACACCUGGUUAUCUGUCUCCAGAGGUGUUGAGGAAGGAUCCCUACGGCAAACCUGUGGACAUCUGGGCCUGUGGUGUAAUCUUGUACAUUCUACUAGUGGGCUACCCUCCAUUUUGGGAUGAAGAUCAGCACAAGUUAUACCAGCAGAUCAAGGCCGGAGCUUAUGAUUUUCCUUCUCCGGAGUGGGACACGGUCACCCCCGAGGCCAAGAAUCUCAUCAACCAAAUGCUGACCAUCAACCCAGCUAAGAGAAUCACCGCAGAGCAGGCCCUCAAGCACCCAUGGGUCUGCCAACGGUCCACAGUGGCGUCCAUGAUGCACCGCCAAGAGACCGUGGAGUGCUUGCGCAAGUUCAACGCCCGCAGAAAACUCAAGGGAGCCAUUCUCACUACUAUGCUGGUUUCUAGAAACUUCUCAGUGGGCCGGCAGCAUACCAGCCCUGCUGCUCCCACCACAAGCACUGCCGCGCUUGCACAGGAAGCUUGCAAAAGUUUACUCAACAAAAAGGCAGAUGGAGUGAAGCACCAGACAAACAACACUAAAAACAGUGUAGUGAGCGCUGUAGUGAACGCCAUGAAAGAAAGCAACACAGCCUCUUCUACACCUAUGGAGCCACAAACUACAGUUGUGCACAACCCCGCCGAUGGGCCAAAGGGCUCCACAGAGAGCUGCAACACCAAUGAGGAAGAGGAUAUGAAAGGUAGGAAAGCUGAGAGUGCGCAGGGAGCGAGCAGUGACAGUGCCGUGAUGAGUCAGUGCAGUGCCGGGGAAGAGCCGCCCGCUCUGGUGGCUUCACCACAGGGCUCUCCUGCCACCGUCCCUGUGCAUGACAUUAAACGCUUGGCAUGGAACAGUUCAGGACAUUGUUCAGAGUUAGAGCGCGCUCAGUCUGGCCCCUCUGCCUCUGCCCAUGGGCUCGGCAGUGUCAUGGCAAGUGCGUCCGCAGCUCAGUCUCGUAAGCAGGAGAUUAUAAAGAUCACAGAGCAGUUGAUCGAGGCGGUCAACAAUGGAGACUUUGAGGCAUAUACAAGAAUCUGUGACCCUGGUUUGACCUCUUUUGAGCCAGAAGCUCUGGGCAACCUGGUGGAGGGAAUGGACUUCCACAAGUUUUACUUUGAGCACUUGUUGAGUAAGAACAACAAACCCGUGCACACCACUAUCCUCAAUCCUCAUGUUCAUCUGAUUGGAGAAGAUGCUGCGUGCAUCGCGUAUAUCCGGCUCACGCAGUACAUCGAUGGCCAGGGUCGCCCGCGGAGCUGCCAGUCCGAGGAGACGCGUGUGUGGCACCGCCGAGAUAGCAAGUGGCUCAACGUCCACUUCCACUGCUCAGGGGCACCAGCUGCCCCAUUACAGUGAACCGCACAGGACAGCUUACCUGGAUUCUCGAGAUAAUGGGAAUGUUUCUUCUUUGUGGCUGGACGGGCACGUGAAGGCCAGCUGGAUGACAGCUCUUAAAGUUACAGACACACCAGUGAGGAACUCUGACAACAUCCAGUUCAACUGUCAACACCACCUAUCCUGUCCAAUCUUUGACCAACGGGAGCUGGCCGCGGCUGUGGCCCUGCCGAAGGGACGGUGCAUGUAUCUGACGCCCACAUGGCGGUGCUGUUUUGUCUUUUUCCCACGGAACCAUAUUUUUUUGCCCGUUAAAGAUGUUCAGAAGGUGUUGUAAGUACUGAUCUAUGAAUUCAUAAAUAUACUGUAUAUUGUAAAAGUCACUAGCUGAACCAGAAGCUACAAUCAAGUUUGAAAUACAUUUAUGUAAGUAAACUGGGGUGGGCGGGGGGCUUAACGUAAAAUGGCAUAGCGCCCAAAAACUGCUGAAGUUUACAGGUUAGUCAUCACAGUCCUUCUUGUAGACUUUGCCGAUUUUUGGACACAAAACCAUAUAAUUAAUAACUUUAGGGAAGGUGUUGUCUAAUCCGAGAGCGAGGCUUUGGAAAUGUUCAGUUGUUCUUCAUAUCAGAAAAAAAAGAACCAAAGUGUAGUUUUUAGUCUUUUUAAGGAGUGUUUUUGUUUGGUGUUGGCUUUUUAAGUAAACCCGGGUCCGAGAGAGACGUUUUGUGUGGCCCAGGUUUUUAGUAAUCUCUUGUGUUAACGUGGAACUCUUCAUUUUUCCUUUUUUUUUUGUCUUGGACUGACGUAACACAAGUAUUUUGUGUUCAGUUUGAAUUUUUAGAACUAUUUUAUUUUUAAGUUAAUCGAAUUAAACGUGUAAUAAAGAUAUUCAGAGAUAUUUAAAGGAUAUAUAAAUCCAGGUUAAGGGAGAGGUGUUGUUCCUGACCCCACACACACUCUGUGUAUUUGUGUGGGUAUGUGUGUGAUGGGAUCUUCUAGAAAUCAAGUCCCCCUGUGUAGAUUAAAUAUGACGAAAUCCAAAGUGAACAGCAGAUAACUGAACACCGACCAGUAGAUCCGUCCUUAGUGUUUCAUUAGCGUCACACACGCACACAGACAGGAUGCACUAUGAUAGUCAGACAUUAAGUAAUCUUCAGACCUGAACUAGUCAUUUUUACAAUAAAAAUAGCUUUAGUAGUUCCAGUAUGUUGUGAUUAAGUCUCCUUUUAAACGUCGCCAUCUUUUCUCACACACACAUCUGCACUGUAUAAGUACUGAGUUGUUUUAUUAAUGUUGGACGUGUGUGUCUAACUCACCCUGUCGUCAGUGUUGUCGUAGUCGUGGUUCAUGUCGAUGACGAGGGUGUAUGUGUAAAUACAUGUCGUUCGGUUCAUCCAAUCACAAGGAGCGGGUGGGGCACGUCAAACAGUUGCGUUGUUUUAAUGUUUGUACGAGUCAAAUCGACAGCGGUUCGUUUCAUUUCACCACAAACUCUAUUACAGGUUUUACGGCACUGACUAUUUAAACUUUUAACGUUAGCGUUACUUGAAGGGUUUGAUUUUUGAGUUGGUCUGUAGUUCCGCACGAAUGCUUUUCAUCACUGCUAUGGUUUUGUCGUUAGAUAGGGUUUAGUAUAGGUACAUUUGAGGCAAUAUAUUAUGUGUGGAAAAAAAAGUUCACCCCGUCUCCUUGAAAACACAUCAGUCUUUUUGUAUCGGUCUGUAAAUACAUGUAGUGUUCGCACACCCUCAGUGUGUGCUGGGCUUCAUGACAUAUCAGGACCUCUCACACGUGUGUGCGCAUUUAUCACCUUAACCACAACGUCCUUUAAGUAGUGAUGCCGUCAGAUUAUAUGUGAUGAAGUCCGUUCUUGUGUCUCGCGCUUAUUUUUUUAUUUCAAUUUAUUCCUUUUGUUUGUGCUAUGGGGAACUGCUGCCUUGCCUGGCCAAACUAGACGUUGUUAUUUUGAUUUUGAACCCAUCCAAAAGUUCCUUUUUUCUGUACACGGUCGACAUCUUCAGCUCCAUGAAAACGAAAAGGAUUUAAGUGGCUAUGAGGAGUCUCUUGUAGGUUUAGCGAAAUUUAAAAAAAUUCAACCCCUGAAAGCUUGGUCUGAAUCCUGGGCCAGACAGGCUGAUGUAUGAUGAGUCUUCUGGCCCACCCGUCCAAUGACAGGAGAAGUCAAACACAUACUUUAACUAAGCUGGCGAAUAUGCAUGUGUAUUUUCUUGGUAAAUUGUUUUUUUUCUUCUUCCACUGUCUGUGUUUACUUAAUAAAAAAAAGGGAAAAAUUUUUCUCAUAGUAUUUGCAUCUCGACAUGAAAGUCACUCCAUUGGGAAUUAUAAGUGAUGUACCAUAUUAAAAAGAAACAAAAAAAAGUAGAAAAUAGUGAAAAAAUAUAUCUAUAAAACAAAAGCCUCUGCUUGGUAUGCUCCCCUCAUUCUAAGUAAUUCUAUUGCAUUGUAAUGGUAUACUAUUGGGCUUCGUAUAUACUCGGAGUUUAAACAUGGAUGCUGGAUUUUUGCAUGAUCAUACAUUUAAUAAAAUCAUGAAAUGACAACUAUCAAGUGUUUGUCUGAAUGUUAGUAGGUCUUCAUCAUAGCUUUGUUAUUCUUGAAAAUUGAUCUGGAAAGUAUUUAAUAAAGAGAGCAUUUCUGCAGCUGA